UUAUACUGUCACUGUUGUUGCUUUUCCAGUCUUAGGGUAGGCUUCCUGAAUACUGUUGCAGUUUAUUCAGGUCUUCAGGUCCUCAGUAGGCAAGCAGUAGAUGCAAUGGCAUUGUAAGAAAGGACAAACAGAUCAAAAUUCAAGGGGAAAAUGUAGAAAAAGGCUUAAAAAAAAAAUAAUUAUAGAAUAACAUACAACUUUUUGUCAGUUGUUGAAAUUCAGGAUGCUGCAGUCUCUUUUGUUGGCCAUAAUAAGUUGCUCCAAUAAAUGGUAACAAGGUUAAGAAAGCUGCUCUAAUGUUCCAACAACCAGUUUGCUGAUGUGCUAGGCUAAUGUAAGCAUACAUGCUUACGUUAGCCUAGCACAUUGCCAGCUUAAAAGGAGCAAUAUUUUGGAUCAGUUGGUGGCAUCCUAACAUCAAACAUGUUUUAACGCAAAGCAGAUGGCAUAUCUUGUGUAAAACCAUGAUGGGUACCAGGACAGACUGUCUGAUGUGGAUUUCAGCAUUUAAAAGCCUUUUUCUUCACCCAACAUUACCAAGUAGAUAUGUGUGCAUGCACCAGAUAAGCCCGGUUAGCCUCGUUAGUUAGCACAAAAUGUGUUUACUUUACAUUUGUUUCAGCGCUUGAGAAAACCUGCUUGAUAUUCCCAGAAUUCCAUUUUGUAUCAUUCAGAAAUCAGAAAGGGGAGCUGUACAUUAUAGAAGAGAGCAUUCUAGCGUACAUAUCAGCUCUAAGAUUUCAUAAAUAAUGCACGACCUUAGGGAAACACCUGUAAAAGCUGAACUUAACCUUAAUAUGCUUUGUACUCAGCACUGUGCAGAGUUGCCCGCUUUGUGCUUUCUGCUGCUUUUGGCUGGAGCUGAAGUCACUUCUGUUCGGGUGCUUUGCCUUUCUAGUAAAAGCCUUUCUGACACAGGAAGCUGAGCCAACAUUUUUCUGACAAUUGGAAGCACUCAUGGAAACACAUUGUAAGUACAAACAUAAUUGUCAUUCUAGAAACGCAGCUUAAUCAGGUUAGGGCUAUUUUUAAACCUUUAAAAAGAAUGUCCCACUUUGUUAGAAGUCCUGCCUGUUGCCAGUGAGGUAUUUCAUAAUCAAAAAAACUGUAUGGAAUAGCUUGUUAAUCAGCAUACUGUUCUUUUAUUUUGGCACAUCAAAUUUAAUGUUUUUUGAAUAAUCUUCAUGUAUUAUAGUAAAUCGUUUAAUCCAUUUAAUGUAAGACUGUUAUGUUUGCCAGAAUAUGAGAUAUGUAUACUUAAAAAGCGUAGGAAAAGGUAGGAAGAGUGAGGUGAUAUAGGUGCCUCUUAAAAAAAAAAAAAAAAAAAAACCUGAUUAAAAAGUAGUUUUUUUCAAUAAUUUGUGAUUAUAUUUGCAAUAGAUCUGACCCACAUACAGAGAACACUCCGGAGAACAGAAUGAGUAAAAGGUUAUUUGGAAGAUGAUAAUCAGGAACAUAAUGGUCGAAAAUCUCACUGUAUGGAGAGAGGAGAAGAGGUUGAGUGAAAACAGGGAAACGGAAAAUAAACGAAACUAAGAACAACUAAAAUGAUUGUGAGUUCGGUUUUCUAGGUAGCUGUGGUCAGGACGCCAGGGGUAGAGAGAUUCAGGAUCCAGGUUUAAUGAAGGCUACAAAAUCAUUGGGAAGACAAACGACUUCACCGUUGUCUGGCAGGCAAUCAUUGACACCCUCCUAAUGGAAGGUUUUCCUGAUCACAAGCUUCAAUUUGCAGUGCUGGUGCUUGACUGAACGUAAGCAAGACAGAGUGUCAUGGCUGACAUGGAAAACUCAAAUGCAGAUCUCACCUACCAAAAUCUGCUGGUUCUGGGAGCGAUUGCAGCAGCUUCUGCCUUUGUGGUCACCAUCCUUAUCGUACUCGUCUGCGUAGGUUGCCAAAGAAAAAGCAAGAGCAAGCACCCCCCAGCCGGAGACAAAGGGACAUCUGUAAAUAUGCAGGGUACGCUUCGGCAUCCAAAACUGAAUUCCAUGAGUAAAUCUGACACCAGGCUGCAUGAGAUCAAUCGCUUUCCUUGCAAUGGAAACUCUGUUAGCAAGAGCCGCCCAGCCAGUAUGGACCUCCUGCUCCUCCACAGUCGGCACUCCCAGACGGACCUGAGGCCCUCCUACGGCCGCCAGCUGCCCCAGAUCCCCACUAGUCCCCAGGCUUCUGGCCCAGAAGGGGGAAGUGGAGGAGGGGACACGGGAGGUGAGGGAGGAGGUGGAGGCAGCGGAGUGGAGGCUAGAGACCACACCUACACCGAGGUGGGUUUGCGCAAUAACCCAACACCCACCCAUUACCUGGAUGAUGGCCUGUACGAAAGCGUCGGGGUCCGGGAAUGCGAUGCAUCCUCCAAAGUCCCUUCUGCUCCACUAACUUCAUCAAGCAGCACCCCAUCGACGGUCAGAGCAGCUCAGAGCCCCCCAACUCAUGCAGGGGGACCUCGUAAUGGGAACGGGCAUGGAAACGUUGGUAGAGGGAACAGCAGAGGAAACGACACCAUUAAUGGAACUAUGAUGGGGAGAGGUAACGGAGCAAGUGGGGUCAGCAAACCCUCUUUGUCCUCUGCGAACUCCAUGGUCAAUCAAGAUCCAUCUGCAGCUGAAUAUGCUUCCAUACGGAAGUUUAAAAAGGUGGACAAGUUAAGCCGGAAGGAGAAUAACGGAGCCGACAGCAUGUCAGACAGCCAGUCGAGUGUGAGCGAUUCCCCCUCCGCUGCUCCUCUUGCUCAACAUCGUAGCCAGGAGUUUCCACGCAAGCCCCUGGAAUCGUUCCACCUGCACUCUUUUCCAAAGGAAGCAGUGUUCAUAGGCAACGGGGAGCAGUAUAUCUGGAAGCCUCCAGAGGAUGAUGACAUCAUCACUUUGCACCCACCUCCACUCCGUGGAGAGAAUGGACAGCCGGGACACCCAUCGCCUCCAACUGCAAAGGAGAUUGCAGACACUUACUCCAUCGUUUGUAAACCCCAGAAAAAGAAACCCCCCAUGGAGCACAAUGGAGCAAAGACCCUCCCGCGGUCCUUCGGAGGGGACAGGGGAAACCGUGGCCGAGGCAGAGGAGUCCAGGGGCAGGCCCGAUCUCAGGAGGAGCCCUGCUAUGAGCCAGUUGGGGACCGGUCCUGGUCCUCCUCUGUGGCCGAGUCAGACCCUGCAUACGCUACUAUUGAUGCCCACAGGCAGCGUGAGCAGGGGGCAACCAACAACAGUACAGGUGGGGGUAGCGCCACUCUGAAGAGAAAGAAGCAAACCCCUCAGCAGCAACAACAUCAGGCAGUAUCAGCAGCACCACAAGGCUCAGGGCCCAGUGCUCCUCCGGUUAGAGGCCUCCCUGGUGGGGAAAACUUCUAUGAGACCAUCAGCGAUGUAAAACAGGGAGGCAACACCUCUGGCACCACCACCAUCUUCACCUUCAACGACGGGAUGGAGAUGUAUGUCACGGGCCUGUAGCAAGCUGGUAGAAUCCACUGGUGCAGAUUCCAGGGAUCUUCCAGCAGGUUGCUGUACAUAGACAUAGGCCCUCUACAGUCAAUCAACAUGAAGAUCCAUUUUGUGUUGGCAUCAGGUACAAACAGGGUCUUAAUCCAAGUUCAGACUUACUUCGAUUGGUCUGCACUUCAGAACCAGCCUAAGCCUAGUCCAGCCCAAAAAUGGACCAAAUACAUUUGAACAAAAACCCAUAUAUAUAUAUAUAUAUAUAUAUAUAUAUAUAUAUAUAUAUAUAUAUAUAUAUAUAUAUAUAUAUAUAUAUAUAUAACUGUGUCACUGGCCAUGCUCACCCACUCGUGCAUCAUUUUUCAUUAUAUCUUUAUUUUUAUAUGAACACUGUACUCUUGAAAGAGUAUGUGUUUCAACUCACAACCUGAGAAGAACAUUCUUAAAAUAUAUAAACAAAAAAGAGAAAAAUGUGCAUGCAUUGUACAAACUCACACAAUAAUAGACAUGAAAAUAGACAUUGGUAGCAAUGAAAGUGGAUGUUUACAGAGUAAAAGGUAUGCAAUCGGGUCACUGGUGCACGGAUACAUUCCUCAUCUUAGGGUGGAGAACAAGCACAUUAAAGGCACAGUUAUUUGUGGUGCUCAGCUCUGCCUACGCAAACAUGAAACAGGUUCUGAUGCUCACUGACCUGCUGUCUGGAAAGUGUUUGCUGUGCUUUGUUCAAACACAUGCCUGUAAUUUGCAGGCCUGCUCAAACGCACAGAAGUAAUUUAAGGUUAUUGUCUUCAUUCCACAAAUUGUCAUCAGUGUCAGUUGUUGGUAAGAGUCCUCGUGAUGAAGUUAGAAUUAGAGCUUUUGCUCAAUAUUGCUUAAAUGAGGCGAAAAUUAAAAAUGUACCCUCGCAUUUGACAAACUGUUGCUGUAGGCAUGCCGAGACCACCCUCCACACAGAUGCACACAUAUUUGCCAGAGUCAUGCGAGGUGAUGUGAUCAGGUCGAGGGCAGCACACGGCUUGUGCAAGAAUUUCCCCAGUGUGAUCAUUUCCCAAUGAGAGAGCUAAUCUGUACUGCAGGGAUAAAUGAGAGAAGUAUAUUUUUCAAAACAAAUUAGAGAAGUAAAAGUAUUUCAGUACCAAUGCAGGAUGCGUGAUCCUGUUGAGUUAAUGUAAUUUCUUAUGCAGAUUGUAAACAUCUUAUUUUAUAGCCACUGUAAUUUUGCACAGGAUAACUGCCUGGCUGCUGAGCUUAGCUGUGCCUGUAAAGGAUAUAUUAUAGCACAGUUUUGAUUUGCUCUGUGCACCCGAGUCAAAACCAGAGCUCCAUGUAGCUCACCAGACUCGAGUUUUGUGGUUGAAAUCGUAACAGAGGGCUCUCGACUCCAAAGAAAUCAAGAGCUGGACACAAAUAUUACCAUUUAGUGUCUUUUGGAAAGUUGUUCCUCUCCUUCUCCCUGGUCUUGUAUCCAGCUUCUGUGCUGGGUUCUCUUCCAUCACAACUAGCAUCUUUCCCAUGUAGCUUUGGGAACCAUUAAAAAAAAGAAGGCAGAAAGAAACAAGACAUUUAGGGCUUGAUACAGUGUUGGGAAAAGUAUUUGCCCCUUUUCAGUCUUUUUAUCUUUUUGGUGUUUUGUCAAACUUAAAUAUUUCAGAUUAUGAAGCAAUUGUUAAUAUGAGACAAAGGUAACUAGAGUAAAUACCAAAUGCAGUUUUCAAAUGAUUAUUUCGUUUAGAAAAAGCCAUCUAAACCAUCAUGGCCCUGUAUGAAAACAAGCAUUUUCCCUUAGGAUUUUCUGUUAGAGAGAAAUAAUGGUUCCAUCAAUUAAGGCAAGUUGUCCAGGUCUUGAAGCAUCAAGGUUUCCCCAUAUCACAACAUUAUCACCACCAUGUUCACCACUGUUCUGCUUUCUAAAUUUGUGGCUAUUAACUCCCUGUGAGGUUCUCUGGAGUCCCAAAGUCUCAGAAAUGGCUUUUUAAAACUUUCCAGGCUGGUAGAUGUAGGUUACUUUGAUUCUCAUCUGUUCUUCAAUUUCUUUACACAUUUUUACAGCUUUUGGCCUACUUCAUGAUGUCAGACAGGUUCUCUUUGGGAGAUGUCUUAACUCUAUUAGUCUCACAGUAAUCAGGUCAGGGUGUGUAGAGUAAAAUUAAACCAAAAGAAUGUGGUUAAUGACACAAAUUUUAUGAUAUAACAAGAGGGUAAUUUUCUCUUCACAUAGGGCCCGGUAGGUUUGGAUAGCUUUUUUUCCUUUAAAAUUUGAAAUCAUCACUUGAAAACUGUUGUUUGUAUUUACCUAGGUUAUCCUUGUCUGAUAUUUGUGUGACAAAGAAAUUAAAACAGAAGAAAGUUGUUAGUGGGUAAAUACUUUUUCACAGUACUAUAAAGGGAUAACUUCUGAAGGAUGUAGUCUACACACUUGUGGUGUGACAAGCAUGCAAAUGAAAGAAGGGUUUAAAAAGGUUAUUAAAAUAAAUAUAUGAAUGCUAUUGUGUCAGAAAGUAUGUAAAAACACUGUAUUUUAAAGCACUGUUUAAUUUUUAUUCUAACUAAAGAUGAUACAUUUGGUUAAAUAGCUCUUACCACUGCCAUGAAAAGAGUACAUUUAUGUUGUUGAUGCAACUUUUCUUUUCUGCUUGAGCAAGUAAGUGCAUGCCUUGAUAUAUGGAGAUGAAAACAAAAUAUUGUGGUACUUAUCUCUUGUUUCUAAUUUUCGUUGUAGUUUUUGCCAUGUAAUGUAAAGCAGCAUUUUGUUUAGCCAAAGCUACAACUUUAAGGAGCACAAAACGAAAGGAGGAAAGGAUAGAAAGGAGCCACUGGGAGAAAAUGGAAGGGUUGUUUAUUGUUAUCCCCAGAUGGAGCAGGAAAGCAGGAUCGAGUCGGGUUGGGGGUGUGCACGGCUAGUGUAUAGCCGGAUGAAGGUCAGUGCAAAUGGACAUGGACUAAGAGCCCCCCCUCCUGAUUUGUGUUUUUGUUUCACUUACAAGACAAGCACACAGAAAUCCAGCCUCCAGUUUAGAUGGGGAGGCACAUUAGUGUGUACCGCCACUCCCCCUUUCUACUGCUGUACAGAGGAGGGCCCUUUGAUGUCCUGUUCUAAGGGUCUCCAAGUAAUAUGUGGGUCGUGGAGGGGGGCAGGCAGACCCCCAGUCUCAUAUUAGCAAUGCACCAAUGGCUCAUCUGUCUGGUACAUGAGAAAUGGCCAACAGCUGAGAUGCAAUCUCUCAAACAAAAUCGGAAAUUGCCGUCAUGCUCCAUGUUUUUCCUGUGUGGCUAUCACCUUAUGUGUUGCAUCUUACUCUGAAAGAAUGCUCUGAUCUGAGAUGCAUUGUUGAACGAUGUUAUUCGCUGACAGAGACAAAUGUUCGAUGCACAAACAGUACGAUGAUGUAAAUGUGUAAAAUACUCUGUUGCUGUUCUGAUGUUGUUCCAAUGUAACAUGCAGUAUACAGUAUAUUUGUUGACGAAAAAAAAGAUGACUAUCACAGACACGUAGUACUUUGUCUAUGAAAAAAGACAAAACAUUUCAUGCUUUCCAUGCAGAUACAGAUGCUGUUUGUUAAUUGUCUUAAAAUAUAAAUAUGGGCCAGUACUGCUGUGACAGCCGUAGCCAAUGUUGUAUGUUCCUAAAGCACAGGGUUUAGUUUAAAAAAAAUAAAUAAAUAUAAUAUAGUGUGACAGUGCAGAUAUGCAAAAGAUUGUAAUGUUUUAUAUUAUCCUUCAUAAAAUAUUAAAGUGAGUUUUUACUUUUCUAAUAAAGUGGCACAUUAUAACAUG